GAAGCAUCCCUCACAUUGCUACAUGCCUUGCUGGAGACAGUACCCACUAGCACCUAGUUUAUAUCAAGACAGAGUGUGUUUACAUCCUAAGCAACAACGACUGAGGGCUUGGAAGCAAGUGAAAAAGGAUGGUUUGAUGACCUCCAGCAUUCUUGUAGCUGCUAAUUCCUCGUUGUGCAUUUCUGGCAUGCCUCAUGGUAAGAAGUCCAGCUGAGCCAGGGGAGUCUCAUUAAUACCUCCACUGUAAAGGGGCUUUUUAUUGUGGCCUGAAACUCGAGAGCUGUAGAGCGGUUACCUGAGCUCCAGAGGGAUGAGUCUCCGCAGGCCAGCUGCCCACCUACGAAGGGCUCCGAGCUGGAGGAGAUCAGGAGAUGAGUCCUACUGGGAGAGCUUAACACCAGAGGGGGAGGAUUUGCCCCGGGUUUCUCGCCCCCAGCGUCCACCUCGGCCCCAGAGCGCCAUUGAAGGACGGCAGCUGGACGGCUGGCUGGAGCACCUGCAGAGGAUAGAGAGCGAACUUCUCAGAGCCCCGGGUCGAAAUCAGUCUCCAGCUUUCAGCGACUGGACAUCAUCCAUGCCUAGCGGACGUACCUGGAGACAGCCUUCCGUCAGCCGGGGUUCAUCCUCAUGUGGGAGUCCCAGCUUCUGUGAGAGUUCGCUGGGCAGCCAGGAGUCCCUCCAAACUGGGGUUUUUUCUCCUCAAGAGCGCAGAGGAAGCUGGGAGAGAGCUCAUGUGAUGCAGGCUCCAAGGAAGGAGCAGGCUCAUCUCAGUAGUCUUGCUCCAGUCAAAAUUGGGUGGCUACCAAUCCAAAGAAGAGUGAUGGUGAUGGGUGAUGACUGCAACCAGAACCAGGGUUUGAACCACUCUUCUGGACAGAUGAAAUUGAAACAAUCCAUCACUCCAACCUUUCUGAAGAAUCGAACAGCCAACAGACACCAGGAUGGAGAGGUGGAGAAAAGUCACAGCAGUCCGAGUGCUUUGGGUGUGAAGACAUGGCAGACACCUGAUCGAGACACUCCCUCUAUUAAACAGGUGCCAGAAAAACGGAGCUUUCCUGCUAACGGAGGGGACAGACCUGUCGGCUGGCACGCUCUGAGGAGAGGCUGGAAUACCAACAGGGUGUCAGCGUUCCCUGGAGGCAGUCAGUCCAACGAGCCUCCCGCAGGGACCGGCGCAGUCCCCGACAGGAAGUCCUCUCUGAUGCAAACAAGCAGCACUGACCCCCUAAAGCAUGCUCCUCUGCAGCGAAUGACUUUUGCUGAACCAUACACUCCGCUGCAAGGGACAAACAGCGCAGAUAAGUCGGCUUUGCAUAGGACGGGCAGCGUUCAGCCUAUGAGGGCGACAGCCCAACUGUGUGCGACAAACAGUAGCUCUCAGCCUUCGCACAUACAGACGAGCUCCGCCGUGACUACGCUCAUCCCCCAGAACAAAGCCAGCUUCUCCUCCAUCACCAUCUCCUCCAGGAAAGUGAGCAGAUCGGCCAGUUUUUCUGGCUCUUCCCACUCCAGUGAGUCCCCUCAUCUGCCACCAGCCCACCAGUCUAUGGAGCCAAACUCCAGGCAGGUCACGGUGCAGAGGAAGGCCACUAUAGUCAAAGUGACAGAGCAGAGGACGAUGUCCAGCACUGCCCCGAGCACGAAAACGGCGGGGACCGCUCCAGCUAGCCACGCUUUGGACACGGUGGUCCACAGAAGAAAGGCUACCAUCAUCAAAGUGACAGAGCACAGAGAGAGCUACAGUCCGGCCAAGGCAGGGUCUGGGACGAGGCACCCGGAGUACAGACACAGCUACACAGAAGGGGUGUACAAGGAAAACAGCACAUGGAGUCAUGGUAACCAUUCACAACUCAAUGCAGCACCUUCGUAUCAACGUCUGGAUUCCACAAACUCUGCACCAAACACGUCCACUUCGGAUGCAGAGGGAACCCUACACAGAUCCACGCUGAGGGUUUUUAUGAGAAACCAACCCGCUUUAGGAGCACCAGAGGUUUCCCCAAAGGCGGUUGGACAGAGAUCGGACAGGCCGCACAGACCGCUGAGCUGCUAUGGCAACAUGUUUGGACACACUGAGCCAAGCAAGGAGAAUGUGCCACAACCGGCUGCCAGGAAGUGGAGCUUUGGGCUUCCACUAGGGACCAGUUUCAACGCUGCAAACUUCGAAACCAGCAGUCAAACAGCAGCGAAGGAAGCGGGUCAGGAAGUGGCGGACACCCUUCAGCCAAACGGAGACCAGAAAGAAAGUUUUCCGCCAGAGAAUGCAUCGAGGAGAGCGUCCCCCAGUCUAACUCUCAUCAAGGCUCCGGAUCCCCACUCACAUCAGUCUCAAGAGGAAGUGCUUGCCCUCAACGCAGCUGCCAUCAUAGCAAACAUCAAACUCCAAAGACAACUCAGCAAGAAGAAAACACCAAAUUCUGAGAAGGACUCUGCUGCAUCCCCCCAGGGAAAUACUGUGACAGAUGAGGGGAAAUGUGUGAAGCCACAUCCAGAUCAAAGAUCAAACCAGCGCCACAACCAGCCGCACGCUGCAUUUGAGAUUGAAAGGUCACCUCAGACUAUUUCUCUACAGGAAGCACUGCAGAGGUCCAGACCAGACUUCAUCAGUCGUUCCCAGGGCAGACUGCGAGAGCUGGAGAGGAGGGCCCAGGAGAGGAGGGAUUGGGCAGGUUCAGCACAGCCGCGGUCGGAUGCUGCUGUCAGGCAGAGGAGAGCCCACGGUGCCCGGUGUACCUCUCUGAACGAUAACCUUUUCAAAGCCAGAGAUAGAGCCAUUACUGGGAAAGAGAUGCAGCUGAGAUCUAAGCGUACGCAUGCGGAGGUGAAGAGGAAAAAAGAGGAAGAGAAGAAGAGGGAGGCGUCUUUAAGCAACAGACAGCGAGUUGAACUUUUCAAAAAGAAACUGUUGGAUCAGAUUCUUCACAGGAGCAACAGCUGAUUGACUGACAGCAGAUGAAGACAUGACAAAGCCUGCAGCACUGCAUAACAGACUGAUGAAGUGAACUUUGACAUUGCUGAAUAUGAGUUAGGUCAUGACAUAACUCGAACUGUCCUUUAAGCCCCUAUUUAUUUCUCUCAUGUAUCACCAUUACUUUAUUAUUCAAGUUACAGAGCUUAACAUCUGUUUUUCUGACAAAUAAAUCCAUGGCAAUCUUUCCAAAGCCCAGAAGGUCAUUUAACAUCGCUUACCGUGCCUUCUGUUUUGAAGGUUUUACCAGAACCUUCAAAGUCUCUUCUGCCCAUCUGGAUAAAAAAAUUAUAUUCUGAUGCACAAUAAAAAAAAAAA